CACCGUCACCGCCACCGCGUGAACGCGCAGGCACUCGCUCCCCUGCGCCUCCCUCCCCCCGCGACGAGCGCAGCAGCCUCCCGGGCCCCUAUAAAAGCCCUCAGUCACCGGGCGGGGAGCACGGAGGAAGCUCAACCUCUCAGGUGUAUCUGUCCAACCAACAACCAUGCAGGCCGUAGCUCUGAUCCUCGCUUUGGCAGUCGUCACCGGCUGCAAUGCCCGCGUUGUGCGCCAGGCUGACGCCACCCCAAAACCCUGGGAGGACACCGUGGAGCGUUUCUGGCAGCACAUCUCCGAGCUGAACGGCAAAGCCGAUGGAGUCCUGGAGAACCUCAAGGCCUCUCAGCUCAGCAGGGAGCUAGACACUCUGAUCACCGAUACCAUGUCAGAGCUGUCUGCCUACAGAAAUGACCUCCAGACCAAGAUUAGUCCCUAUGCUGAGAUGUCCACUGGUCAGCUGACUCAGGACCUGCAGCUUCUGGCUAACAAACUGCAGAAAGACAUGGUGGAUGCCAAGGAGCGCAGCACACAGUACCUGGGCGAGCUCAAGACCAUGGUGGAGCAGAACACCGACGACGUCCGCGGCCGCGUCACCACCUACUCCAACAAGCUGAAGAAGCGCCUGAACAAGGACACCGAGGAGAUCCGCAACACCGUGGCCACUUAUCUGGGUGAGCUCCAGUCCCGAACCUCCCAGAACCUGGACACCGUGAGCGAGCAUGUUCAGCCCUACGUCCAGCAGGCCAGUGACUCUGCCACCAAGAAGCUGAAUGACAUCUCUACCAUGGUGCAGAAUCUGGCUGAGGGUCUGGGCCUGCAGUUGGAGACCCAGGCUGAGGGCGCCAGGACCCAGCUGGAGGCCACCGCUAAGGAGCUUUUCACCUCCCUCGAGGGCAAGAUCGAUGAGCUGAGAGAGUUGUUCUCCCCCUAUGCCACCCAGAUCCAAGAGCAGGUUGGGAACAUCAUGGACAAGGUCAAGGAGACCGCCUCUGCCUAAAAAGAGACUGAGGGUUUUUUUAAGGGUUGAAGGUGGUUGGUGGUAGAAGGAGAAAAUGUGUAAACCAUGAUUUCUUUAAGUCCAACAAAAGGGGGUAGUUAAAGAGUUACUGAUGAUAUCGGCAUUCCGGGUGUUCCAGUGUUCAGGAGGUUGACGAGAGGAAGGAGGGAGGAUGAGGUGCAUCUUUGAGAGAACGGCCAGCAGAUAAACGUCUGCCUGGGUUCUUUCUUCUGCAUGCUCACCCUCUCUCCUUCUCCUAUCCACUCCAUUUCUCCCUGAACACAAGCACCACAGUUAAUAGCAGCCUUUUGUGCACAAACAGACAAUUAUUUGUAACAUGCUUUGCUUUUCUUUGGCUUAACUCUUCUAGCCGUCAACCCCCCCACCCCAUCCCGACUCCUACAUUUUGCAUUGUGUUGCCUGCAUUCUGUUUGUAAAAAUAACUGCUGAGUUUGAGGAAGAAAAUCCUGCCUGUAUCAUCCCAAAAACAAACCAAACAUGCACAAGUGUCUUUCAUUUCAAUAAAUGCACUGAAAUACGAUGAUCAAACGAUCGGGGCACAGGCAGAAAUGUGUCAUUUGUUUCUAGAGCCAUUACUUGUUGUCAUGGCUCACAGACACGUGGCAUGUAAAACGACCUGAUGCAUAUAUGACAAUCAGUGAGUGAAUGUGGAAUAUGCCUACCCGUCCUCCAGUCCGAGUAUACAGUGUCCCCAAUGUUUCACAUGUCAUGCGCCCACCAUGCUGCUCACUGUCUGCACACGGCCUGUGGCCGUAGUGUGCAGAACAGUGCCGAGUGAAUAAAGAACCUAGAAAAGA